UUAUUAUCUUAUCUUUUUUUUUAUAUUUAUAUCUUGUAAUAUUAUUAUUAUUUUCAAAUUUUAACAAAAUGAGAAUCUUCAUCACUUUAUUAUUAAUCUUUGGUUUAUUCUCCUCAUCAUUUGCUGUUCAACCACAACAAGUUGAAUUAGAAAACUUACAAUCUACUAAAGAUUUUGGUAAAUUUUUAGUUGGUUUUGCUGAAGGUCUUGAAAUCUCACUCAGUGGUCACUUAAAAUCAUGUAUUGCUUCAAUCGAUUCAUCAUUCGCUGAUCUUUCAGCUGCUUAUCACAACAUCGAUAGUGGUUUCUCACACAAAUCAAGCUCAACAAUGAGAGCUGGUCUUCGUGAUUUCGGUCAUGGUAUCCUCGAUGUUUAUAACGCUUAUAACCGUUGUGGUGUCAAAUCCUUAAUCUCUGAUAUCAGAACCAUCGCUGCUGAAGUUAGCUCUGAAACUGGUAUCCUCAAAUUAGUUAUCCACGAAGGUAUUGAUAUCAUCCACAAUGCCCACACUCUUACCACUUCUUUCAAAAAUAUGAUCUCUGAUUGCAAGAGAGGUGACUUCACUGGUUGUGGUGUUAACUCUGGUAGAAUCGUUGGUAUUUUAAUCCACCAAUAAACAUAUAGUUUUAUUUAAACUAAACAAACAACAAUAAUAAAAUAAAAUUAUAUCAACUCGAAUUGAACUUGUAUAUUAUUUUUUUAUAAAUAAAAAUUUAAAUAAAUUUUAUUAUAUUGGUUUUAAUU